AAGAAGGAAUUAUACCGGCCUGAACUCUACCUUAGCAUUUUAAUUUCCUCGGUAGGUAGUCAUUUUGGAAAUUGAUUUGUUAGUAAGAAAGAAGAAGAGUAGAAGACGAUGAUGAAGGUGAAGAAGGGAUGUCUAGCUGUUCAAGUUGGAUUGGAGGAAGAACAAUUCGAAGAGGAAGAGGUUGAUAAUAAUAAUAAUAAUAAUUGUUGUCAAAGAUUUGAGAUCCCGAUUUCAUAUCUUUACCAUCCUCUUUUCAAGCGUCUUCUCGACAAAGCUUACGAUGUUUAUGGCUACAACGCUCAUGGUCCCCUCAAGCUACCUUGUUCCGUUGAUGAUUUUCUUCAUCUCCGUUGGCGAAUUCACAAAGAAUCUACACCCUAUCAUCACCACCACCAUCAUCACCAUAUUCUCCCUCACACUCUGUCUUUCAACUCUUGUUAAUUCAUAAUACCAUUAACUUUCUGUUGCUUUCUCUUUUUAUUAUAUUAGAUGUUUCUGCUUUGUAAUUUUAAUAAUACAGAUAAACAUAAAUCACUACUCUGCUUACAAACAAAUCUUCUUCGAAUAUCAACUUUCUUGUUGCUCUGUUUUA